AUGACCGGCGUCAAGCGAGUCAUUUCAUUUGGCGGCUGGACGGAUUCCACUUCAGGGGGCAGAUCCUUCAUUCUCCGCGGGGCUAUAAGCACCGGACGCGAACAGUUCGCCAGAAACGUCGUCGACUUUAUCAUCCAGCAUGACCUUGACGGCCUUGACAUUGAUUGGGAGUACCCCGGUGCAAAGGACAUCGACGGAAUUGUCCCCGACGCGUCGGAUGGAGAGAACUACCUGGAGACGCUCAAGCUAAUCCGGAGUAUGCUCCCUUCGGGCAAGACGCUGGCCAUCGCCACACCUGCAUCGUUUUGGUACCUCCAAGGCUUCCCUAUUGCGGAAAUGGCCACAUAUCUGGAUUACAUCGUGUACAUGACAUACGAUCUUCACGGCCAGUGGGACUGGGGCAAGAAAUACGGCCAGAUAUCGUGCCCGACAGGAGACUGUCUGCUCUCCCAUGUCAAUUACACGGAAACCGAGAACGCACUAUCGAUGAUCACCAAAGCUGGAGUCCCAUCCAACAAGAUCAUCGUUGGGGUGACCAGCUACGGACGGUCAUUCCGCAUGGUCGAACCAGGCUGCACAGGCCCGGAAUGCAAGUACAUGGGUCCUGAGUCGGGCGCGAAAAAAGGGCUCUGUACCGGUACACCAGGGUAUCUAUCUGAUGCAGAGAUCAAUCAGAUUAUCCAGGACGGCACUAGCACCCCGUGGAAGGUUGAAGGAGAAGAUGCCGCCUCUAGCCUCCGGCGUAGAGAGGGUGUGCAGGUCUUCUACGACCACAAGAGCCAGUCCAACGUCCUUGUAUACGAUGACGUCGAGUGGGUGGCAUAUAUGAACAGAAGCAACAAGGAAGCACGCAAGUCCGCGUACCAAGCGCUCAACUUCGGCGGUAUCACAGACUGGGCCGUGGAUUUGCAGGAGUUUUCUCCGAACGAGUAUAUCACCCCUUUCGUGAUGAAGCAGUUGGCGGAAGGUGAGGAAUGCAAAUGGAGGUGGCUCGAGGGUGUCGACUGCCUGAACGAAGGAAUACGGAAUGCCUCCUCUCCGAAGAAAUGGCAAUGGCAUGAAGCUGCCACCGACUGCGCUUGGCGUUUCGUGAAGACCGAGUGGAGCAAGCAAAAGGGCAAUGAAUCCGGCGAAGUAUUUUCACUCUUUGUGUCGAAAAAAUUGAACGGUCCACGAAACUUCAACUGCCAAGAAAUGAGUAUCAAUGGGUGCUCUGGUAGCACUCCUCUCUGCACCGUCUUCCAGACUAUCGAGAGCGGCCCUGCUGCCAUGUUUAUCAUCAGCUCUUUCAUGAAACUCCACGAGAUCCUCCUUACCUUCUACGACGGCGUGGGGAGCGCUGCCCUAUCCUUCAUUACAGAUAUCGAUGAAUUUAUGGCGGUCUUCUCACCAGAUCCACCCGAGCAGAGAAAUGAUAUGAAUAUCUUUAUUGACAUUCUGGGUAUUGCCUUCACUUUUCUAGGUGUUGGCGUAUUUAAGACUCUUGGGACUGAAGGCAACAAAAAAGAUCUAAUGUGGAAUUUACUGGCAUUGGGUGGUAGUCUUAUCAAGGACAUUCCGAGCAACGAUAAAAAGAUUGACCGGAAGGCAAUCAUUUCAAUUGGCUUACACUAUUUGCAAGAUGGACUCAAGGAUGGCGUUUCCGAGUUUUCUCUGUACUUGCUCAGCGGUCGAGCGGAGGCCCUCCCCGUGCUGGACAAUCUCCUCUCUGACGGCAAGUUCAUCACCGGGGAGGAGUCCAGCGCAGAGGACUGGUCAAAGAAAACGAUGGAAAAUAACAACAUGCGACUCCUGUAUGCUUGGCUGAUCCCGAGUGCCUGGAGCCUUGCGCAGAGGAGCCCCGUGGUCAUCGAAGCCGGCGACUGUUCCCGGGGGACGGGAGAGUACGAGUGGAUCACUAGCUCCACGGCCGAGGAGACGGGAGGAUGCAUCGAUGGCCGGCAAUAUUUCCUCGUCACAACCGCUGUUGAAUGGGAAUCUGAGACUCCAAAUUGCUUCUGUGCAUCACCGUUGCAUGGGAGGACCACCACUAUGCUGGACACCGGGGAGCAAUAA